CCCCUGGACCAGCUGCUGUCACAGGAGCCCCCAUGUCUUCAUCUGACUCUCCGCAGUUGUUGAUGGUGUGUGUUCCUUGGAUUCCUCAGCCGGAUCUUUAUCCUCAACAUUAUUCCCACUGCUGAUCGGGACACUCGGGGCUACUGCUACUGCUGGCGACAUUCUUCAGUUGUAUAGGAGGAGGACACCUGGACAGGUCACUUAUUGUCGGGAGAUCGGAUUCAUGUCCCUCAAGGAGAGGCCACACAAACGGUCCCUUUCUUGGAAGUCUUUCUAAGAUGAAGUUAUGGGCUGUUCUGGCUGUCUGCAUUUUGCUGUCGAGCUCCGUGUCCAACACUCCAUUGCCCUCACACUGGUUAGCUGGUAAAAAGAGAUUUAGUCAAGAGUCCCAGCUGGAGGACGAGGACACGGCUUUGGGAAUGUACGAAGUAGUUCCUGAGCUUCCAACUGCCGUAAACGGCCAGCAAGAUGUGCAAAACCUUUCUGAAAUACCUGAUGACUAUCCAGAUCAGGUUGACGAUGUGUUGGAGUUCAUUCAAGACACCAUAAAAAGACUUCGAAGGUCAUCCAACAAGCAAACACUCUCCCGGCGAGACAGAGGGAGACACGUUGCAGCAGAGACUCAAAGUUCCAGUAAAAAUAAAGGCAAAGAUAAAAAGCGUAAAAACAAAGGCUGCGUCCUGCGGGAAAUACACCUGAACGUGACAGACUUGGGUUUGGGCUAUGAAGCCAGGGAAGAACUAAAAUUUCGAUACUGCAGCGGCUCCUGCAGUAACCCAGAGACAACUUAUGACCAAAUUCUUAAAAAUUUGACUAUCAAGAAAAAAUUGGUUAAUGAUAAGGUAAAGCAAGCAUGUUGCAGGCCAAUUGCAUUCGAUGAUGAUGUCUCCUUCUUGGAUGACAAUUUAGUUUACCACACCUUGAGACAACAUUCCGCCAAGAAAUGUGGAUGUGUUUGAUUUUCAUUUUGUGGAGGGCCACUUGGCAGUGUGUGUCGCAUUCCUGAUGUAACACAAAGGAAGGGAUCAGGGAUCAAGAUUCCCUUCACAGUAUCCUGAGGUUAAGGAUGGAGAAGAGGACCAAGGAAAGCUGGGCAUGGUGCCAUCCUGGCGACCCGCUGAGAGAUUUGUUCUGCAAGUGUGAGAGUUAGAAAUGGCUCUGGGGAAAUAAAUGGCAAUCGUGGCGCCCAGUCAUGCGCUCCAGUAGGAGGAUUGUGUUUUCACCAUUAUAUAUAUGACUCACCAGCAGUGUUGACUGAAAAGGUCAAUAACCAGCUUUUAAACACAGGCAUUUAUACAUCGUGCAUGUCAGGUUUUUUCCUGUAUGUUUUUUUGUACAACAAAACAAGUGUAUUACAUAAUCCAUUAGCUCUGUAUUUUGGGGUUGAAUUAAAAUAUUUGCUUUUAUAGUACAUGUUAAUUCAGUUCACUUUAAAUUCAUUGACAUCCUUAAAACAGAACUUUAGGUAAUACAGUUCUUCAAAUACUGUAACUUUAAACCAUACAAAACCUCCGGUUUAUAGCCAUGUGAGUUAAUUUGUCUUUAACCCCAGACCAGCUUUUUAAUAAUUCAUUUAGAGUUUAGGGGUAUUCUGUAUCCCAAGGAGCCAAUGAAAUUUAUUAGAUUUGGUUAGGCUAGUGUGUAACUUUCCACAGCCCCCAAGCGCUAAUCAAGGGCAAAUCCAAAGUAAUUUUACCUAGAGAAAAUCAUUCAAGUAGUGAGGUGUUUAGCUCAUAAAUUGACACUGGUCUCUCCGACCCACAAUGGUUCAGCUUGCACCUUGAUUUUCCUUUCUAUAAUAGAUUUCCCCAUAAUGUUUUAUGAUACUGGCACAAAUGAAACAAACAUAAAAGGCAGACGCUGCAGGUCUUGGACGCCACUUGGGCCAGGACGUUCAUUUAAAGGAUGAUGGACCCAAUCUUUUAUUGCUGGAUCUGUUUAUAUUUGCCCUAGAAAGCAAAACUUUAAGGAUUUUUCCCCUAUCAGCUAUAGGUUUCUUCUUCCAACCAAGUUAUCUCUUAAAGUAGGUUCAUGUUGACUCUUGAUGACAAUCCCUAUGGUGCUGUUAACAGAAAUACUGUUUUGUCACUGGCUGUUUUAACGGCUAAGUCAUCAAUAUACUUUGAAGGUGGCCAUAGAUCACCAGCGGGCUGAUUGAGAAAAAAAAAGAUUCCUCUUUUCACACAAGCUAAGGUGGAUAGAGAAAUCCUCCCCACUGAGAUAUAUUCUGACAGUGGGAGCCCUUAAACCAAGAAUUUCCCUAACAUUCCCAUUCGAUGGGUAUGGCCAUAACUGGAUUGAAAUUCAUCUGGUCCCUGCUGAACCAUCUAAAUUUCGAUCCAUUUAUGUCCAGCUUGAGACUUAAUACCAAAAUUAUAAAAGGCAUUUUGAGUUUGCUACACCAUGCCAGAGUUGUCAUGGGAAUAACUUGGAUCUGUUUUAGGAGACAAAGCAUUAGGGUGAAUAUUUAUGCCCAAGGCAAAGGUCUAUUUAAAAAGGAAAUAUCUACUUUUAACUGUACACAUUUCAUAGAUUUUUAGAAAAACCUAGUAGAUACCCACCUUAUUCUCUUCUGUAAAUGUGGAGAUUAAGCAUUCCAAUGCUUGCUUUAAAAUGAGAGCCAAGUGGUUGGUUCUGACUUUACUAUAUUGAAAUAAACAUCCCAUAAAAGAAUGACACCCCCAGCAUACUAGACAUUCAAACAAAAAAUUGUCACAUAGAGUUUCGGAACAUCCUGAGUAGCUCAAAACUCUUCCACAACUUAAAGUAUAACUAAAAGCAAAACGUUUAGUUUUGGAUAGAGUGGAGAGGUAUUAGAACACCUCAUGUUCCUAAUGCUUUCUUUGCCCCCUUAGGGAGAUUCACCCUCGUCAUCUGUCCUGUUUAUUGUUAUAAUCAAAAGUGAAAGUAAAAGAAAAGCCCACAUUUUGGGUUGUCUAGAACAAUAAUGGAGGGAAAAUCUGUUAUUGCUGACCUCCUUAAUUUUUGUUUGCUGAUUAUUCACUACAAUAUUUUUUAAUCACUGAUCUGGCUAUUUGUUUUGGGCUAGCAACUGUAUUAAUUUAAUUGGGGUUGAUUAACUAAUCAAGAAGAGAAUUUUCACUUUGCAAAGUGAAUGUUCACUUAGCUUAGCUAAUAGGGUGAACUUUCAUCCUGUCGUUUCACAGCAAAAAAUCAUUUUUUUCUUUUUUUUUUCUUUCCCCUUGCAUAUAAUUGGCUAUUUAAAGGGAACAUAGUUCCACCGCAUUCAUUUUGCUAAAAGAACAAUUCUACACCUUUAGUUAACCUCGCUGGAUAAUCAUGACAGCCAGGCAAUUAGCCAAGAGAGGCCAAUAAAGGCAGCCUUAAAGCGGGUCCUCCUUUCAGAACAUGUUUCAUGUUGCACCCAUUUUAAGGGCAUAACACAUAAAAUAGUCAGUUUGCAGUGACCCACCUCCAAACCCCUACCUCUUACAGAAUCCUGGGGUUCUUCUUCCCACAGUUUCCUGUCAAUAUUGGAAUUCAGAGUGAGGCUCUGUCUGCAAGGCCACGUCAUUUAUUUACAGGAAUCUAUCAAUAAAAAAACUACAAGUCCCAUCUGCAAGGGACAUGUAUUUCUGAUUGAGCACAAGUGCAGUGACGUCACCACUCUUGUAGUCCAUUGAUACUUCUUCCAGCCCCUUAACUGAGGGUCUGUACCUCAUUAAGGAUCUGCAGCUGGUAAAAUAGUCUGCAGAAGCCUGAGCAUUUCACCCACAAUCUACUAAUUGAAGAUGAAAUGCUUUGCAGGCUCCAAUGAAAAAUCAUUAUGGGUGGAAUUAGCCUUUAGAUUUGCCUUGUAGCUGAGUAGGUAAAUUAAUAAAAAGUAGAUCUAAUGAACUCUUGUGGCCUAGAAGGGCUGUCCAUAUUUAUGGUCUGUCUGUUCUUUGAGGGCUGUUUUCAAACAUUUAUGUAUCAACCACUCAACACAGGUUAUAUAGAUUUUAAUUUUGGGUUUACAGAAGAUUUGUCUUUUUUGUUUUUCUUUGACAGUACAUUAGUAAUUGGUCCAUGAGGCCAAACGGACUACUUGAUGCCAUGCAUCCUCACAAAUACAUGAAUAUAUAAGAGAUAUUUAUUGAGAAUUAAGUUAUUGCUAUUUAUUACAGUCCAGUUAUGAAUGUUUCCUGUUUUUUUCCUAUUUAUUGCAUUUUCUCUUCUUUGAUGGUGCCAAAGUGAAGCAUGCUCUCAAGGGCCACAUGAGACAGAUGCAAAAAAAAUUUCGAAUCACAUUCUUUACCCUUUUUUACAGGUGACGCAUAAAGGUGGUUGGUGGCAAACUAGAUUACAUGGUUUAUUUCUUGAAAAAGCUGCUUCAUACUAAAUCAUUUUACUAGUUAAUUGUAAGAGGUAUAAACCAGGUAGAGUUAUAAAGUCAACAAAAGGACUGGCACCAGCCAAUUUGUUAUCCAACUCAGCUAUAACUGUUUUCUCUGUUCAAUAUUUGGAAUUGUAUUUACAAUUACCAGUUUAGGAAUGGUAACAUGGAAGGAGGCAUUAGAGAAAUGUAUAGAGUGCCCUUGCUGAUUUUUUUAUUCUGUGAAUUAAAACUGCUUGGCUGUCAUGCAGGUCCUCUUUCUUCACUAUUUUGAGUCACUAACCUAAGACAAGCAUGCAUUGAACUCUGACUGUAUUCUAGCUUAUGUGAUAUGCAUGCUUGUUCCAGAUCAGUGAAUUAAAAUGAUGGCUAAUGCCUCAUACACACAGUCAGACUUUUGACUAUGCAAAAGUCUGCCGUGAGUCUGUCGGAAGUUCGACGGAAAGAUAGAGAACAGGUUCUGUAUCUAAGGUCUGUUGGACUUUCGACCAAAAAAGUCAGAUGGAGGCUACAUACAGCCGGACUUUCCGAGAAAAAAAGCCAGUCUGACUUUUUUUCUUGGAAAGUCUGACCAUGUGUAUGAGGCAAAAGGGUCCACAAAAGGCAACAAGGAACUCGGCAAUGGAAUCUUUCAUAUUUGUUAAAGAUGCAAUAGUCAAAACAUCAGUAAUGGUCAUCAAUAAAGAAUGCAUGUUGAGUGCACUGGGUAGCGCUUUUAAACACUAUCAUAUUAACAAACAAAUAUGUACCACAUGGCAGUUCCUUGACUUGUGGGGUUAUUCUUAUUCUGUCAGUUCAAACAGGAGUUUGGUAUGGUCUGUUUAAUCAUAGCGAAGCUGGGGCUGAGGGUGAUCAGGGAAAAGCUGUUUAAGCAUUAACAAAUGUGAAGCAUUUUCAUUAUUUGAUUUAAAUUAAGCUUUUCUGUCCAUUAAAAAUACAUGUUCUAUCAUUGAUAGUUCUCUCUGUUCCAGUUGAGUUAAUGGAAAGGGCUUGAAGGUCCUAGAUUAUCUGAAGAACCAUCAACUGUUCAUUUCAGUGAGAAAAGUUUACCCAAUGAAAUUAAACAUUGUUUUCCACUUGCAUGAUGCUACUACCACUUUGGAUUACAGCCUUUUAUGGACUUGCAUCAAACAUCUGUUUUGGUACUGAGAAGUAUGAAAUGUUACAAAACAUUUUCCCUAGCAUUUCCUAGCUAUAUAGAUGUUUUGCAGCAACAUUAUUUUAUUUUUCUGUUUUUAAAAUUUGACUCUCAAUUUUUCCGAUUUUGUUUGAAAGCAUUCGCUAAUCUCCCAUCUGGCUGGUUUGCUUUAAACAGUUUUGUUUCGAUUCUACCAUCAGUAGUCAUUAAAUAACCUAGUCGUCUGCUCUGCUCCCAUCCAUAAGAGGUGAAAGUUCCAAAGAGUUCCAUCUUGCUUUUUAUUAUAGGAUUUUUAAUCAUUGAGCCAAGGGAGAGCUUAGAAGUAAAAAAAAAAUUGGCAUUUGGUACGGAAUAUUUGUAUAAGUUAAAUACGUAGAUAUGACCCAGAUCCUGUUUUUUUACCAGUUCCCUUUACAAAAAUAUGUGUAAUAAUGUAGUUCUAAAAAAGGGUUGUCCUUUGUAUUUGGACAUGUAUGCACUGCCUAAAAAAAUGUGGGUUUUAAUGCAAGUUUUAAAUCUACACAAGGGUUACAUUCUUCAAACUGUAAAAGUUACCUUGACUUAAACUAGACAGUUCAACUUUGAUCCUUUGGCUGAUAGCUGCCAUUGGGGCAACAAAGUGACUGAUAGUAGCUAUUCUCUAGAAUUACUGUCCGGGAUGUCACUUGUGUUGGAAAAUAUCAGUUCCAAAAUUUAAAAGGGAAAGCUUGCUUUUUGGCCUUUUUUUUUGUUAGCCAGUCAAAGAAUUGUGCGCUUUCUAUAAUUUAUUUUAAUUCCGUAUAUAAUCUUUACACAUAAACCCCUAGAUAGAAAGUCUAGCACUGCCUGCACACUUGUAGGUAGCUUGUUUGUAGCUGGCUUAGCCAGAAGGUCCUGUCUCUGCUGUAAGAGAGGGUAGGUGUGAUCAUUGAGUCAUUUAGCUGUUUUUGUAGCCUGACCUUUGUUGUUUCCUAGUUUAAUUUAACAGCUGAGAUGUAAAAUACGUUCGAGAAAGCUAUUGAUCUGGAUGUUUGCCACCAGCUUACCAUUUCAUAUUUUCCUGAUUUAAAAACAUCUGUUUUUAAAGUGAGCAUGAAAAACACUAUACAUUCCCUUUACAUAUACUAAAUGAUCUAUUCUAAAACUUUACAUAUUAAUUUAUGGUUGUAAUUGAACCCGUAUUUAUGAUUAGUGAGUGGUCUUUAAACAGGGUCUGUCCAGGCAUGUCAUGGAACUUCUCACCUUGAGCAGCAGCAGAAGACAAUACAAAACUUUAAAUGACCUCCCAUGCAGUGGUUCGCCCUACACUGUCUAGAUUUCAGUGUAGACAGGGAAGAAUGUCACUCUAUCCAGUGAGUGGUAUACACCUCUAGCUGACAAACAGUACAUGAACUGCUCCACUGAACCCUUUACAGAACUCUCAUUGGUCACACAAAGAUACCAAUACAACUUUUUGUAGUUUAAAGAUGGAAUUGCAUAAUUCUGGUUUUACCUCAUAUGUUAUGUUAAUUGUUUUUAACAGUGCAAUUUAGAAAUAACCUAAACAUACAGAAGGUGUAAAGUUUCUUAGGAGUCACAAAUUACAAAACUGUUAAAAAUAAAUAUAAAAAAUUGACAAAACUGACACAGAAACUGCAACAUUUUCAGUAUUUUUAUGAACAUUUUAGUACACAACUUAAACAGUCUUUAUUCCAAUAGUUUUUUUUUUUUUUUAUGCCCGACACAUGGUUGUGCAUUUCUGAUUCUAGCUUUUAUUGGAAAAAAAAAAGGGUAAAGUUUGUGAUGGUUUUCUUCCAAAAAUGGUAUAAAGCUGUAACCAUUUGCUUAUCUGAAUGUUAAAAUUUCACAUACCUUUGUUGUCUUGGUUCUUUUGUGUUAUGCAACCAAAGUUCUCUACAAACUUUAUUUUUGUACUAUAUUCAUUUUUUAACUUUUUACGAAAUAAAACUCAUUUCUAUCAUUC